GGGACUUCGACCGCGAGCCCUCUUUUUCCCCGAUUUGGCCUUUUCUGUCUCUUGCACUUCCCUUUCUUGUCCAUCGGCGAUUAAGGAAAGCGCACCGCGGAGUUCUUUCCUUGUUCUGCUGUGCUGAUUCCAUCCAUCGGACCCAAGUAGUUGCCGAUCUUGCCGGCAUAUGUAAAGAAGGCGCCGCCGCUGGGGACCGAGACCGGAAAGGUGGGUUCUGGGCGAUCGAGGCGGCGGAUGAGACCGGAGGUGGCGAGAGAUUGGCUGAAGAAAAAAAAAACAAAGGGGAUUUUGAAAGAGGCGGUGCGGGGAACAGAGUGGUGAGAGAUGGGUUCUUAUUCUUCUUCCGGCGGCGGUGAGAGGAAUGGUGGCGCAAGGGAGGGGAGAGGAGGGGAAUCGAUGGGAGAGGGCGUUCUCUACCUGAAGGUGAUGACGGACGAGCAGAUGGAGAUCCUCCGUCGCCAGAUCGCCGCCUAUGCUACCAUUUGCGAGCAGCUCGUCGAGAUGCACAAGGCCGUCACCGCCCGUCGCGAUUCACUUGCUGGAAUGCGGCUAGGAGCCUUCUACGACGGUCCCCUGAUAUCAUCCAGCGGCCAAACUAUCGCUGCUAGACAGCGCUGGACUCCGACAGCUUUGCAGCUACAGAUUCUUGAGACUAUGUUCCACCAUGGCAAGGGGCCGCCGAGAAGCAAACAGAAGAUCAAACAAAUAACAAAGGAGCUAUCUCGACAUGGACAGAUCUCAGAAUCAAAUGUCUGCAACUGGUUCCAGAAUAGAAAGGCGCGGUUAAAGCGAAAGCAGAUGGCUGCUUUAGCAAGUAACACUGAAUCUGAAGUUGAGGCAGACGAAGAAUCCCCAAAUGAAAACGAACCCAGUCACCGUGAAAGCCUUCCUCUCGGUAGCGAUAAUUCUCGAUAUAUUAGGCAACUAGAUGAUGGAGUCCAUCCACUGGCAUCUCAGCUAAAUCAAAUGCAAGGUGCACACCAUUCGAAUGACGGUUUGAAGUCCUCCAGCAGCUUGGAACACUUGACCUAUGAAAAUGUUCUAUCCAUGCCAAGAAUAGAACAUCACAUGAUGGGUAAGUUCGAUAUACCGAACUUUAGUCCUUACCGCUUCGAAGAAAACUACAGCAUCAUCAAUUGACAUUGCACUGAGCUGAUCCUCAAUAGUGACUAUAGUUACAUUUAGGGAAACAAAAAUGUUCUAUAAGUUGUUGCAAGGCAUGUAUCUACUUUCUGGAUUACUACCUUCCUCGAUAAUCUUUUAUGUAUGUUAAAUACUUUCGACUCGGUUCAAGAAGGUGCAGAUGUUUUUAUUAUCGAUAUAGAACUCUAAGCAGUUUGGUAAUUGUGAACCAUGUUAAAUGUCUUUUCAUGGUAUUUAUGUAUUAUAUGUAUUUUUAUUUC